AAGAUGGCGGCGCCGGAGUCGCUGCUCUUCCCCCUCCUCUCCCGCCAACCCGAGCCCGCGCUGAGGAGAAGAGAGAAGUGAAGUGAGGAGAAGAAGAGGAGUCAGCUCGGCCUGCUCGCGCCGCCACUAGCAUUGCUCCUGCCUUUCCCUAGCGCCAUUGCCCGGCUCUGAAGACCUUGGCGUGCCUCCCGUCUUGAGAAAGACUUCGAAGAACCGAAAAGAUGCCUUGUGUGGCGGACUGGCUGAACUGCCCUCUCAGUAUCGUGCAGGGCAUCUUCGCUCAAAAUAGUCCAAAUCCUGAAUGGGAGAGAAAAGUAACGGAAUACUUCAGAGAGAAACUAAAAGAAAAUAAUGCAACUAACUGGGUACCAUCAUUGAAUGAUGUCCCUCUACAUUAUCUGAAGCCCAAUAGUUUAGUGAAAUUCCGCUGUAUGGUCCAAGAUAUGUUUGAUCCUGAAUUUUAUAUGAAUGUCUAUGAAACAAUUGACACACAUACUAAAUCACGUGUUUUGCAUUUUGGAAAAUACAGAGAUGUAGCAGAAUGUGGGCCUCACCAAGAAAUAGACUUAAACCCUAAACAAAUGGUCACUGCAGACAGACAGACUUUUUACUGUGUUCCGGUGCCUGGAGAAUCAGCAUGGGUGAAAGAAGCCUAUACCAGCGCAAGCCAAGCUCGGGUUUGCCCUUCGACAUCCUACACACCAAGUCGCCACAAGAGGAGUUAUGAGGAAGAUGAAGAUAUGGAGUUACAUCCAUCUAAACUGAGAGAGCAACAUCUGGGAAGUGUUCCUGAUAUCCAUGGCAGUGGAGAGCCAAAACGAUUAGAAACAGAAGCUUCUGCAAGACACCAGAUGAUCUCCUUAAACUGCUCACCUCCACUAGAUUUAAAUUUUCCACUCCCAGGAGAGAAAGGCCCUGCAUGUCUUGUGAAGAUAUAUGAAAAUGGGGAUAGUUUCAAAGUGAAUGACAUUCUUGAGGUGUAUGGAAUUUUAUCUGUUGAUCCUGUCCUGAACAUAGUGAACAACGAAGAAAGGGAGAAUUCAUCUCCAAUGGAUUGUAUGGACACAGUGGAAGAACAGAGGGUUCAUAGUCCUCCAGCCUCAUUAGUUCCCAGAAUCCAUGUGAUUUUAGCACAGAAACUUCAACACAUAAAUCCGUUGUUGCCCGCCUGCCUUAAUGAAGAGGAAAGCAAGAACUUUAUUUCUAGUUUUAUGACUGAACUGUCACCGGUGAGAGCAGAGCUUCUUGGAUUCCUCACACAUGCUUUCUUAGGAGACAGCCUGGCUGCAGAGUACCUUAUAUUGCAUCUCAUCUCCACAGUCUAUGCAAGAAGAGAUGUCCUUCCUCUGGGAAAAUUCACAGUCAAUCUAAGCGGCUGUCCAAGAAAUAGUGUCUUCACAGAACACAUAUAUCGUAUUAUUCAGCAGCUUGUUCCUGCAUCCUAUCACCUGCAGAUGACCAUAGAGAACAUGAACUGCUUACAGUUUAACCCACACAAGGACUACACAGCUAAUCGCUUGGUUAGUGGAGUACUGCAGCUGGCAAGCAACACCUCUCUUGUCAUAGAUGAGACUCUGCUUGAGCAAGGACAGCUUGACACUAGAGGUGUACACAAUGUGACAGCGCUGGGCCACCUGAUAACUUGGCAGAAGGUGGAUUAUGACUUCAGUUACCACCAGAUGGAAUUCCCAUGCAACAUUAAUGUCCUUAUCACUUCAGAGGCUAGGUCACUCCUACCGUCGGACUGCCAGGUGCACCUGCAGCCACAGCUCCUGCCACCCAACAUGGAGGAGUAUAUGAACAGCCUUCUCACAGCAGUGCUGCCUUCCAUUCUCAAUAAGUUCCGCAUUUACCUAAGCUUGUUGAGACUGCUGGAUUACAGCAUAUCUGAUGAAGUAACCAAGGCAGUAGAAGAUGAUUUUGUGGAAAUGCGUAAAAAUGACCCUGAGAGUAUUACAGCUGAUGAUCUUCAUAGAACACUGCUUGUAGCCAGGUUCCUUUCUCUAAGUGCUGGGCAGACAACACUGUCAAGAGAGCGGUGGCUAAGAGCAAAGCAACUGGAGGCAUUGCGUAAAGCCAGACUACAACAGCAGAAAUGUGUAAAUGGAAAUGAACUCUAAAGAUACAGCACCUGCCUUGCUUAAAUGACUGCAAACGUUGCCUAAUACAUGUGGAGCUAAUAUGAGGGAGCUUAUGUUUAUAUUGGGUUUUGUAGAUAAUUUAUAUCAAAGUUAUAGCUGUUCUCAAACUUGAACACAAUUUAUGGUGUUCAAUAGAUACACUGAAAAUUUUGGAGCUUGUUUUGUAACUGAACUAGCAACUAUGGGAAAACUGUUUGAUAUUAAAGAUUUACUAUAAAAUGCUA